AGAGGCCUGCAGACAGAUGUCAUCCCCUGAAAAUAUCCUAAACAAGGUGCAGGCCAACGAGGAAGAGGAGAGGCUGAAUAGAGAACUGGAGCUAACUACCAAGGAGAGAAAUGAGCUGACAGAUCGCCUCCUUUAUGUGACAGGUGGAUCCAUGAGCACGAGCCCCUACUUCAGGCCAAAUCCAUUUUAUGAAAACUUGAAGAUAAAGGAGAAACAGGUCAUGUCAUUACUGCACAACUUAGACACAAAGAACAUUGAACAUCGUGAGAAAUUUCAGGAGCUCAAGAAGGAGAUUAGCUUCUAUCGGUAAGUACUGGUCAGAAGGGCCCAUCACUUGUGGAAUGGCCAUGUCUGCCUCUCUUUGUUCUGGACCGGAAAGUCUGCAGCUCUGGGUCCAUGUCUUCUGCUGUUUAAAUAUCACUGUGUCGUGGGUCUUUUGGACUCAGUUUCAGUUCCAUAAGAGACUGUGACUUCUCAGCGCAGUGUCUAUGCAUCUUUAGAAGGCUCUGGAUAGAACUACACUGAUUCAGGCAUCAGAGUGUUAUUAGGCCAACCUGCGGCUCUGGGGUCAUACCAGGUUUAACAAAGCUCAAUGUGUGGACCACAUGGUUAGCAUGACCUCCCUUGGUUCUACUGUCCUCUUGUGGUUGUUUACUGCCUACUAAUUGAUGCUGUCCCGAUGCAUUGGGCUCUCAUGGGUAGUUGUAGAUCCCUUGUUCUUUUGGACAGAC